GGUUGCUCCCCCUUGGAUCCUUGUUUGCUUCCUGCUGCCUGGCCUUCUCUCCUCCCCAAAAUCAAUCCCUCGCCCACAAAGGAGAGCCAGCCAAACCUUCCACCUCCUCCAUUUCCAGCCCCGUCCCCACACCAGCUCGCGUAACCUCCUCCCCAUGGCUGGAGGCGGCGGCGCAGGCGCGGGCUCGUCGUCCGGCGGCGGCGGAGGGGGCGGCAGGGAGGGCGACUGGGACUGCGGCAGCUGCGGCAACCGCAACUACGCCUUCCGCUCGCUUUGCAACCGCUGCAAGCAUCCGCGCCUCCUCGUCGACCCCAACACCCCGCGCGACUCCAAGUGGCUACCCCGCGCCGGGGACUGGAUCUGCACCGCAGCAACUACUUGCAAAUGCAAACUGGCCCUAUGGGAUGGCUGGUAGAUAUGGGAUGCAAUCUUCUGGUUGGCCAUUUGGCAACGGCAACCCAAAUCAGUUUUUAGGUGUUCCAAAGGAUUGGCGUAAUGGAGAUUGGUUCUGCAGCUGUGGAUCUCAUAACUAUUCAUCUCGUACUCAGUGCAAAGAGUGUGGUGCACCUGUACCAUCGAGCAUUCCCUCCACAACAAUGAAAGCUACAUCUGAUGCCUCUUCCAAUUGCUAAAGAGAACAGGUUUGGGCGAAGCCUCUUUGAGAGAUUAAGUGGACUUGAUUUCCCAAAGCACAUGCUAAAUAUUCAAUAUAGAAUGCACCCUUUCAUCAGCAAGUUUCCAAAUCAAAAAUUUUAUGAAGGAAAAAUUAUAGAUGGUCUGAACGUUAAGGACUAUAACAAUAUUUAUCUCGAUGUGCAUAUAUAUGGUCCUUAUUCAUUCAUCCAUGUUGAAGAUGGUUUCGAAGAAAACAAUAAACAGGGCUUAAAAAUAUUGUUGAAGCUGCUGUGGUAGCCAAUAUUGUUGGCAGAUUUGCGGAAGGUAUGUCUAACAUUUGAGCUGAUAAAGAACAUGUAAGUUUCAUUAAAGCUGAUAUGUUUAAGUGUCAUCCAUGUUUUUUUGGUCUAUAACCACUACAGCAUGCGCCGAGCAGAAGAAGAAAACCAACGUUGGUAUAGUAUCUCCAUAUGCAGCCCAAGUAAUUUCUUUGCAAGAAAGAGUUCAGAUUUAUAAGAAGCAUGACUUUCUUUCUAUUGAAGUAUGCAUUGUUGAUUCAUGUCAAAGUGCUGAGAAAGACAUUAAUCCUUUCAACAGUUAGACAAAAUAAUGGUGGGAAUAUAGGCUUUGUUGAUUGUGUUAUGAGAACUAAUGUGGCUUUGACAAGAGCAAAGCACUGCAUGUGGAUCCUUGGACAUGAAUUCAACAUGGUAUGAUUUAGUCAAAGACGCGAAGGAUCGUGAAUGUUUCUUUAAAGCUCGCGAUGAUGAUUUUUUUGCUAGAACAAUGGAUCAGUUUAGACUUAUGCAAAACUCACAGGUGACAGACAAUGUUUCACGAUGGAACAUUGAAUGCCAGUGUGCUCCAGAUGCACAACUCACAUGUGACAACCAUGCUACAAUACCAGACAAGGCUCCAGAUGCACAACUCACAGGUGACAACCGUGCCACAAUACCAGACAAGGCACAGGUUGUAGAGCCUGCACAUGCAGAGCAGGUGCCUAUGCAGUCAGAAAGAGCUGCAGAAAAGACAUGGCAGCUGUGUCUUAAUCAGCUCUCGCACAUUCCUUCUUUUGCUCCAGGUGAACAACUAACAGACGAAAAGGUUGUAGAGCCUGCACAUGCAAAGCAAGUGCAUCUUGCUCAGCUCUCGCCCAGUCCAUCAAGGGAGAGGGCCCGUCUCAGUCAGUUUGCUCAAGGUGCUCAACUCACAGAUGAAGAAGCGGCUGCACUAGAGGAAGAAGACCAUCCUCAAAUUGACCUUCUGGAUGGUUUGCGGCGCGGAGGCCGGCUGCGGGGUUCCGGGGCAGCGCGUCUCGCGGAGGUGCGUAGACGACGGCGGAGCGGCGUCCUCACCUCCAUGGCGUCGCUGUCGAGCAAGCACCACGUCCUAAUCCAGGUGCUGCUCGCCCGCGGCCCGCUCUCUGAGCGCGACUUCCACGCUUUCAUCGAUGGCGCCUUUGGCAAGAACACCGCAUUAGGAACUAAGCGGUUGGCUUCAGAGGACCUGGCCAAUGACUGGGAUAAUAAAAGGCUAAAUCCAGGAAAUGACAAUUAUCCACUUUCAACAGGAGCUGCAAAUAAUUUAUUUUUGGGUAUUGAGCAAGGAGCUGGAAGCAGCAAUGGCCAGUCUGCCUUUCCCAAGUUUGACAAUGGGAGCUCAGUGGCAUUACCAUCUGGGCAGGGAAUGUCUGGUCUUAUGGGAAAAGGGGCAAAAUGGCGUGACGGGGACUGGUUGUGCAACAACUGCAACAAUCACAACUAUGCAUCUCGUGCGUUUUGCAACAGGUGCAAAACUCAGAAAGAAUCUGCAGUUCACCCUGGUGUGUUAUAGCUUGCUGUUGGAUUAUUUUGUUCCAGGAUAUGUUGCUGCCUGUUCUAGCUCCUUCCUCAAGGCUGCGGUUUGAGUUUUUUCGAUUCUGCAGUGUUUUUGCUGCUCUAAAAUGUUUGUCUCGAUAUUUCAUUAGUGCUUGUUGAAGUUCCCCAUUUGUUUAUGGUAUAAGCGCUUGAAUAAAAUGUUUCUGGAAAGUACCGGCCUACAAUCUGGAUUUUGGCAAAAUAAUUGAAUUAGUUGUUGUACAAUGAGGCAAAUUGUCUUACGUUGUACUUGAUGAACUCUGGAGUAUUAUCACUCGUCGGGUUGAAAAGGGGAACUAUACAAUGUAAUUUCAGUACAGAUUAUUAUUUUUUCCUGAGAACUCCAGUUGUGCUGUUAUGCGAGUUUUGCCCA